GGCUGUGGGUGUUUAUUUAUCCCCAGCUGGCUCCUGAGUGACUGGCAUACCGCUGCAGCUUUUUCUGUCCCCUGCGGGUUAUUCCUGUGUCCUCGGACGAUGAGGAGUUAACUCCAGAGCGGCUCAGCCGAGCAGCGCAGCCGGGCUCAGUGUUUGUGCAGCGAUUAACCCCGAGCCCAGCGGGGAGCACAGCGGAGCUCGGGCUGUCGGAUAAAGAGCCGAACCAGGCAGGGAGCACAGGGAAGGUUUCGGGGAUGGAAAACAGAGGAGGGGAGUGAGCAGCCCGGGGUUGUUCCGUUUGCAUGCCUUGCUGUCCCUCUUUGGGGACACCCUGGGUGUUGCAGCAGACACCCUGGCGGCUCCAGCCCGUCUUUGCUGUACGCUGGGAAGAUGAAGGGUUCCCGUGGGAGAUCCCUGAGUGCAUGGCCAGUGAGGGAUUUCAGUGUCCGCAGGCACUGGGAUGUGCCAGGCACAAGCGGAGUGCAGGCAGGAGGCAGUUCCGUGGAGAGGGCUGGCUGGAGUGGAUGUGCCGAGAUGAUUUUCUCACCACUGUCUCUUCUCUGGGUGCCAAUUUCGAGUCCUUCCAGGCAGCAAGAUGACACUGUGGAACGGCUCCUACCCCUUCUACCCUGGAGCCAAUGCCUGCUUCCCCUUUGACACUACCCAGGCUGUCAUUGUCACCGUGUUCCUCUGCAUCCUGGUCACCUUCAUCAUCAUCCUGCCAGGGAUCCCGGGCAGGGGGCGGCUCUUCUGGUUCCUGCGGUGGGUGCUGGGACUCUUCAUGGGAGCAGUGAUCCUCACUGUACAAUUCACCAGAGACUGGGAGACUGGCUGGGUGCAGGCAAACACCUCCUACAAGUCCUUCAGCCCUGUCCAGGUGAACGUGGACGUUGGGCUGCACAUCGGCCUGGCAGGGGUGAACGUCACGCUCAGGGGAAACCCGGUGACCCAGAUCAACGAGACCAUCAACUACAACGAGCACUUUCCCUGGAGCUUUGGGGCGGAUUAUGAGCACAGCUACAGCCAGGGGCUGCAGAAGGGGCUGCCCAGCCCCAUCCUGUACGUGGCAGAGAAGUUCAGCAGGCAGAGCCCGUGCGCCGUGCACAGGCAGUACCGCAUCGCCGGCCACUACCUGUCGCUGGCCCUGGGGCUGGCCUUUUGCACAUGGCUCCUUUCCAUCCUGCUCUUCUCCAUGUCCAUCCUGCUCUAUGGUGGCCACAUGCUGCUGCUCACUGCCACUCUGAUCCUCUUCUCACUGCUCUUCUUCUGCACCGUGAGGAACACCCUGGAGUGCCCCAUCCAGUUCGGCCCAGCUUCCCUGGAAACAGCCUAUGGUGAAUCCUUCUGGCUGACAUUAGUGACAGGGCUGCUGUGCCUGCUCCUGGGGCUGGCCAUCAUCAUCCUCAACUGCCUGCAGCCAGAGAGGCUGAAGCUCAUCUUUAGCCUGGACAACAGCAGCAAAGAGGAGGUGUGGGACAAGUCCUGGCUGCCAGCUGAGCCCAGCUGCUCUGCACAGGGGGGGCUCAUGGUGCCCCUGGGCGAGCUCUGCCCUGGGACAGGCACCCAGCCCUGAGGCACUGGAGAUGCUGCUCCUGGAUUCACCAAAUCCAUCAGGAGCCCAGGUGGGAAGAGAUAGGAGAAGAACCAAGUGAUGAGAAUACCCAGAUCUGAAAGAGUGUCUCAAAUACAACAGUUUAUUUUUUUUUUUUUUUUCUGCCCUUCCUCUCCGUCCAUCCCAACGAGCCCUGAGAACCCCCAAAGACACAGAGAUUAAAUCAGAGCAAGCUGGGGAGAAAGCAAGUAACUGCAGACUCACAGACAUGAACCAAAGGAGUAGAGCCCACAGCAGCCCCCUCACACUGAAGACCCUCAGGAAGCCCCCCUGCCCUUGGAUGCUCUUCCCAUCAGCAUCAGGAAUGCAGAUGGAGCUGUGCUCCCCAGGGUGCCCUGCACCCCACACUCCUCUUAGUUUGAGGUGAAGAGCAGGAUGGCAAAGAGGAAUGUGAUUUAGUAGGAUGCUGGAGGUACCAGACCAGGAGGGAGGGGAGAGGAGGAGAGGUGGGAAAGGAGGUGCAGCAGUGCCUUGGGGACCAGCUAUAACCAGAGAGAGGUGAGCAGCACCUGCAGUCUGGCUUCCCUCCUGCUCAGCUGUGGCAGUGCUCAUGUCAGGGGCAAGAGACUCUGACAUUGUGCAUGCCCAAGGCAGCACCACUCCUGGCUGCUGGCAGCCAGCCUGACCGUGCCCACACAGACAGGGGGUGCCCACCUCAGCUUUGCACCCCUUUACCUCUCCGAGGAUUUCACAACCAUUUCUCUCUGCCUUGUGCUCACUUAUUUUCCCCUCUAUCUCAAUAAAAUAAGUUUGACUU